AUGGGCUAUAAAGACAAGGCCCAUCAGGGGGAUGUUGGGUUUUAUGGGUUUAAAAAGAUGUCCAUCAAGGAAGUUGGUCCUUCAAAAGUGGGCCUUUUUGUCUCUAAAAGGCCUGAUUAUUUUAAGAAAAUAAUAGCCGAAACCCAGUACUUAAAUGUUUUGGUUCCUAAGCCUAACUCAACACAUAGGGCUGUUCUCUCUAUUUCUCAAGAAGUUGAGAUCGACGACAAGUUUGAAGGCAAUGACGAAGAAGAAAGCGGGGAAGUGGAGGAAGGUUUUUUUGAUGUGAACGACAUAGGAUUGUACUUAGAAGGCAAUGAUGUUUCUACCAAUUGUGGUGAUGGAGCAUCUGAUUGCUGCGAUGUGGGAAAGGAUACAAAAUUCAUUACGGAUGAGGCAAUCUAUGUUAUCGGCGAUUUGUUUGAUGCAAACAUUGAAAGGAGUAUUAAUCUUGUUGAUGAAGUUGACAAUAAAUGUGGAUUAAGUGGUGAUGAGGAUUUUCCUGUUAUAUUUGGUAAUCCCUCCAUCUGUUUAGGGAAGGAAAACCAUUUUCUGUCUACUGAUCUUGGGCCUACGAGGGAGGAUGGGUUAUCUCUUGAAAAGUGUUUGGCCUUCAGAUUUAGGGAAUGUCCAGUGUUAAUUCUAAAGGUUGAAUCGAAAUUGGUUUCCAGUGAGUUUCCCUUGUGUUUUAAUAUCGAAAAGGCCAUGACUAAUUUUGUUCCAGGGUAUUUAAAUUGUUUGGCCGAUAAGGAUAUUGUAUGCUAUGAGGGAGAUGAGAGUGAAAUGAGUCUAGGGUUGGGGGGUGGGCGGGGAAUUCCAAGGGUGAGGAUAUGGGUGUUUUGUCUGAUGAGGAAAAAUGGUUAUUUGAAAAGGGGAGUUAAUGAUCGGGGAAGGGUUGCAAAUGAUGUUGAAACAGAACAAAUUGUUCUUGAUGAAGAGGCUGGGUCAUGCAAGGGGAAAAUGAGUUCCGUAGUACAAAUGAGGGGUUCAAUCCCACUUUUCUGGUCACAAGAAGCUUCGAGAUUCAGUCCUAAACCUGAUAUAAUCUUGCAAAGAUAUGAUCCUACUUAUGAGGCAACUAAACUGCAUUUUGAAGACCUGGCGAAGAGAUAUGGCGAUCCAAUAAUUGUGCUUAAUCUCAUAAAGACCUUCGAGAAAAGGCCACGAGAAAUGAUGCUAAGGCGAGAGUUUGCUAAUGCAGUCGGGUAUCUAAACCAGAUUCUCUCAGAAGAAAAUCAUCUCAAAUUUAUUCAUUGGGACUUUCACAAGUUUGCAAAGAGCAAGUCUGCCAAUGUUUUGGCAGUUUUAGGUGGUGUGGCAAGCGAGGCACUUGAUUUGACAGGUUUUUAUUAUAGUGGAAAGCCAAAUGUUGUUAAAAGACGAGCUGCCCAACUUAGUCGAACGAGCACUGGCAGGGAUGCUUCUCUUAGAGAUCUGAGAGCUAAUUCCGGGGAUCUCUCGAGGAUUGGAAGUAGUAAUGAUACUUUACAUUCCUUAACAAAACAAGAGAGAAAGUCCGAUCGCAAUCAACUGGUUAGGAAAGAUAAUGCAGCACCGCGGUUUCAAAGUGGAGUUCUGCGGACUAAUUGCAUUGACUGCUUGGAUCGUACAAAUGUUGCUCAAUAUGCUUAUGGACUGGCAGCUUUAGGUCGCCAACUCCAUGCAAUGGGUUUGACAGAUAAGCCCAAAUUAGAUGCUGAGAGUAGCAUUGCUGCAGCUCUGAUGGAGAUGUACCAGAGUAUGGGUGAUGCUCUUGCCCAGCAGUAUGGUGGCUCUGCAGCUCACAAUACUGUGUUCCCAGAGAGGCAGGGAAAGUGGAAAGCUACAACCCAGUCUAGGGAAUUUUUGAAGUCUAUCAAGCGAUACUACAGCAAUGCUUAUACUGAUGGAGAAAAACAAGAUGCAAUAAAUUUAUUUUUGGGUUACUUCCAACCAGAGGAUGGAAAACCUGCACUAUGGGAGUUGGAUUCUGAUUAUUACCUUCACGUAUCUGGAAUCGGAGAUGACCUCAUCCCAGAGAAGAGGAUUGGAGAUGACCCUAUCCUAAAGAAGAGGAUUGGAGAUGACCCUAUCCUAAAGAAGAGUGGCCUGGUUGAUAUUAGGCCUGUAGGAGGUGGAACUACCCUUGCCCCUAUUCCUGCAUGCCGAGAGGAUUUCUUGCGGAUGAAGUUCACACCACUUGAUAAAUUAAUAGAGAGAACAUGCAGUUCAAUAAGGAAUGUAAGGCUUUACAGUGAACUCGAUCAAAAAACCGGCAAUUCUGGAGUUGCACCUGAUGCAGCGUAA